AUGGAGCGACAGAACGUAAUCAAGUGCUGCGUGGAAAAUAUCUGUGGCAUUGCUAUGACGUUGAAAGAUAACCCAUCUAGCUUGAUGUCAUCACAAGCUUUAUUUAUUGACCUAGCGGGAAUAUUUACCCAAGAGCAUUGUGCCCGAGAGGCUAUUUUGGAGUUGCUAGAGUCCUGUCGUGAGCGAACUGGCUGGCCAGUUAGAUCUUUAGGGGCAGAGCUACAGCAAUUUUGGGGAAACCAUGAGCCCCCAAAAGCAGCUGCCGCGAAACUGUCCAUGCGGUCUGUUCCUUCAUAA